AUGGUAAAGAAAGGAGAGGGCUGCAGCCUCCGUCCGCCCGCAGCCCCGCAGCCCGUCCUGCCGCGGGUCCGCAUUCUUCUGGGCGCAUCUGUGGAGCUAUUAAGUGGGAUAAUCCCUCUGGCCUUUGAUACAUUUCUGGACAUGAUUAUUUCAUUACUCGCAUGCCCGGAGAUUAGCCGCUCCACCCAAAGAAGCCUUGGGCCCAUCCAGGGGGACGUCCAGCCCGGCGCGAGGCUCCGGUGCGCUCCGAUCGUCGCGGCUUUCCAGCCCCGCCGCGGGUCAAGUGCAUGCCCGCACUGGACACCGCGCUUCCAGAGCGCGUUCUCCCUUGCCCAGCCCCCUCUCCGGAGUUCGGGGUGUCCCUGGCUAGACUGGGGACCCACUGCUGCCCGCGUGGGGCUCGAACCCGUGGGUCUGACUCUGAGCCGCGACCGAGAGGCGCAGGUGAGCAGGGAGACUCCCCCCCCCCCCUCUCAGGGACACCCCACUCCACCGCCGCCCUGGCCUGGCGCGGCCUCGGCUUGGGAGUCGCCCUCGGAGCCCGCGGUGCCUGGGAACGAAGCCCGCCUUCCUCUCCACGCCGGCUCGCGCUGGACCCUGGAACCGGCAGGAAAUGGCUCGGACGCGAUGCCCGCGCCUCUGCAGACCGCCCGGGCUUCGGGGGAGACAAGCAGCUCCCACCCAAGUCUUGUCUCCCCUCCCCCACGAAAGCCCCACUCAGGUCAAGGAGCCUGGAAGAAAAGCCUGGAGCCACACACUUACCUGGAUAAAGCCAUAAAGAGGUGGGUGGGAUGUGCUGUUCUUGUUAGCAAGGAGAAGAUGUUCUGCUUGAGGGGUUAUUCAGAAAGCUUGACCAUCAAGAACUGAAGUGUGUGCUGUGUACGUUAGGACUUAAGGAGAUCAAAGGAAGUAAGCCUCCCCAAGGACACAGAGCUACAAAAUGGCUCUCUGGAGGAGGCAACUGUGACUACCCCUGUCUUUGUGAAGGAGCACAGGACUUGGUUUACAAAUCACCUCUGCAGGGGACCAAGUGAUGGUUCACAGAUUCUGGCCCACACAGACCCCUGCAGUAGCAUUUUGCUUCAUAGUGUAUACAUUGCCCUUUUCAUGUUCAAACUAGUUAUCUUGGAGACACUUGGAUUUUGCUAACAAAUUAAGCAUUUAGUUUUAUCCUACUUUGUAGAGCAUUUUCCAUUUCACACCAAAAUGGAGCAAAUAGUGCACAUAAGCCUCUCUUCUUAUGAACAUCCCCCUCCAGAGUGGAACAUUGAUUAUAGUUGAUGGACAAACAUUAUCACAUCAUUUUCAACCAGGGUUCAUGCUCAAUGUUGACAUUCUAUGGUUUUCUGCAUUUACCAUGAUGGUAUCAUACAGAGUAGUUUCAUUGCCAUCUUAAAAAUCCACUGUGAUCUGUUUACUCCUCUUCUUCCCUGGCUCCUGGGCACCCCCAAUCUUUCGCUGUCUCCAUGGUUCUGUUUUUCUAGGGUCUUGGAGUUGGACCUAGUAUGUAGCUUCUUUCACGAACUUAGUAAUAUGCACAUAAAUUUCCUCUGUGUUGUUCCAUGGCUUGAAAGCUCAUUUCUUUUCUGUCAUUAUGGUCUGUUAUUUGGAUAUACCACAGUUUAUCCAUCUACCAUUUUUUCCAAGUUUUGGUAAAUAUGAACAAGGAACUAUAAACAUUUUGUGCAGAUUUAUCUUAUGGGUCAUUUUUACUUCAGUUACUUAAUAUCUAUCUUUUCCAUGAGACUAUAAACUUCUUGCUGUGAGAAAUUAUAUUUGACUUGAUUAUAAAUGACAAAUAGAGAGCCUGGCCUUAAUUCUCUCAUUCAUUCACUCAUUUAUUUUUCUCUAAUUUAGAAAUUCAUAUUAAAUACUUCUAGCUGUACUCUAAUGCAAUAAAGCAAACCAAAUCAAAAUUCUCUGUCUUCACACUCUGGUUAUGGAGAUAAUCACUAAAAUGAGCUAAAGAUAAAAUAUGUAUACAUUUAGAGUAGAGCAGUAAAGGCCUAAGAGAAACAUGAAACAAGGAAAGAAACAGAAGUGACUAGGGUAGGGACAACUUUCAGUGCAGUGGCCAUGGGAGGCCUUGCUGACAUAGUGACAUUUGGACAGACAGAAGAAAUGAUGAGCUAGCCAUGAAGACAGCUGAGAAGAGUAGUCAGGCUGAGGAAUCAGCAAGAGCAAAGGCCCCAGUGACACUAAGGAGGUCAAUUGGGCUGAGACACAAAGAGCAAGAGAUCAGAAAGCAGGAGUCAGGUUAAGAAGGAGGCCACUGAAGUAAAGGGUAGAAGAAGGGCUGUUUCUUAUUGUUUAGCAUGUUCAAUUUGACUGGAAGACAUAUAUAAGCUAAGCUGUGCUCUUUUCUGCUUCAAAGACAAUUUCAGUGAAUUCAUCCGGAAAUGAAAUUCAGCCAUCAUAAGCUUGUAGUCAGAAGAUACCUACACAAUCAAGCAUCAUUCUGAUGUGAGAUCUGACGCAAAAUGUAGAAGUCUUCAUGUCACAGCGGGAGCACAGGAACGGGCAAGUUGUCUUUGUAGGAGACACAUUCUUGCAGGUAAAUGAACAUGAAUGAACUUCAGUUGCCAAGCAUUUGGUUUUGAAUCCAACUUCACAGAGGAAGGUAGAGGAUGAAUGAUGAUCUAAUAGCAAGAGCAUAGAAAACAGUUAUGGUUUUAUGUUGUUCUCAUACAUUGUUCUUUGGCUACCACAAUCAUUAAGUAGUUUGACAUCAUUUUUUGUCUUUAUAAGGAUGUAAAAUAUACUUAUCAUCUGUUUUCCACUUUUAGUAUAGUACUUGGUGCCUUAUUCUUUCUAUAACAUCAACAUUUCAUUUGGUGAUUUUUGUCCAAAUAUAAGCUAAUGUGUUCUGAGUGUAUUGAGAUAGGUUAACCUAACCUAUGGCAGAUUAAAUCUAUUAAAUGCAUUUUUUUAAAUAGUAGUAGAGAUUGAACACAGUACUUGUUUGUCCUAGACAAGUGCUCUACCACUGAGAUAUAUCCAAAACCCUUUUUGACUUGCAGUUUCCAACUUAUAUAUGUUUAUUGGGAUAGAACCUUAUUGUAUGUCAAAGAACAUCUCCACGAGUAUAGUUCACAAUUAAAGUAAUAAUUUCAUCAGAUGAUAUUUAGCACCAUAUAUAAUUACUCAGUGAGUAUUCGACAUGCCAGAAAAAGGAUUCUGUGGAGGAAUUCUUUCCUUACAAUACCUCUGUGUUACUAGACUCCAGAGGUCAUGACAUGUGGGUUUCACGGGUCCCUGCUGGGUAGGACAUCUGGCCCAGGAUAAGGUGCAGAGUGUCACUCAACACGAGAUGGCUCCCCAAGCCACUCGCUCUCCAUCAGCACAACCACAAACAUCAGCCUCUCUUCUAUCAACACUUGGCUUCCUGCCAGCCACUGAGCCUAUGAAUGGAACCUCCCAAGGCCAAGGUACACAAGAAAUAAGGGCUGUACGAACACCAUAACCAUCAAAACCAUCAAACUGAUUGUGAGAACAACUUUCCAGUCUGGGGCUUGGUUUGAGCUCUGUCACACCAAAGAAAAAAUAUUUCAUUUUGUUUGCCCAAAUCUUCAUUAUGUUUUACUCCAUAUUGAAAAUUCUCUGACUGGUCCAAAGACUAUAAAUGCACGAGGCAAAUAAAUGCUACUAUACAGAAAGCUAUUAUACCCAUGAGCUCAAUAACAUAGGAGAAAUGUGAAAAGACAUAAGAUCUUAGAAGCCACAAUUGGAGACAGAUGGUGUUUCUGCUCUGAUCUGUGGCUCAAAGAAAGUUUCAGAGGCAUUCGCUAUAUCUCAAGACAGUGAUGGUAUGGGAUUGAGAAUUGGGGCUUUCUACUAAUCUCUCUCUUUUGUCAUAGUGAAGAUAGUUGAGCCUCAGUUUGGUCUGAAAUCCUAGGACACUUAGAACUACAUGAUCAAAGUCCACUGUAGGCAUUUGGAUGAGUGCCAGCAAAGUUCAGGUUUACCUCAAAUGGGUCCUCCAAGUGACUGUCAGCCACAGGCAAGGGCGUGCUGAGUUUGAUCUUGAACUGUGCACAUUUGGGGAGUCCACGGUCCUUUUGGUUGAUAAGCUCUGCUUGGCAGAGCUCUGCUUUAAUUAACAUGGCCCUCGGGUCGGUUCCAUUUCCCAUGUUUCAGCACCUCACUGGGUGUAACCUUAUCUUUCCAUUUCCCAUGCAUGAUGGAUCUGAAACAGUGCAGGUGACGUUUGUCUUUGACCUGACAGCUGGAUUACUUCCCAGUUUCACAACCACAGAAGGAAAGUUCAAAAAUCUCAUCUCUUCUUAUCAUUGAACAUUUCAGGAACCAGCCAUGGUUCAGAAGUACAGACCAUAUGACCAUGGAAUAAAGCUGUGAGUCAAAAUAAAUCCUUCUCCCUUAUUGGUCUCUUUGAGAUAUUCUGUCACAGAGAUGAAAAAUGAUAAAGUAUCAUGGCUGGGAGAAAAGGCAUAUUGCAACCUAUAAGAAGGUAUCAUCCACUAACAUUGACUAACUGUACUACAUUUUCACUUUACCAUUGGUUUUUUGUGAGUUAACUAGACCUUUUCUGAAUAUCUUGAAAAAUAUAGGACCCAAAUAGUUUUCUGUUUACUAGAUAUGUAAUCUUAGGCUGGGCCUGCUUUCUUCAUUUGCAUAUUGGUGAUCUUAAAAUACUAUGGGAUUACUAUAAGUAUUAAACAUGAUAAUGCAUGUUGAGUGCUUGUCACAUCAUAAGUAUUGUGCAAAUCUGUUUAAUAUUCAGUGUUCUCUUAUGAUUCCUUGCCUCAAAAAUCAACAUACAUCAACACAUACUAUAAUGUGUUAGAGCUUUAAAAACCUG